ACCUCACCGGCAGGCCCCCCCUCCCGGUCUCUGCAGCAGCCGCAACCGUCACCCACCCCGGAGGCGGCGCGGCGCACCCUCGACUGGGCCUCAUGAACCUGGCCGCCUCCCCCUCCCUGGCCACGCCCGCGACCACCCCCCUCCGCCGCCAUGAGAUGCCAUUAAAUCCCUCCCCCGCUUUGUCUUCCUGCUCGCCCUCGCUCCGCCGCUCGCUCGUCAGGCCCCUCCGGAGGAUCUCCCCCAUGGCCACCGCCCCCGCUUCCGCGCCUGUCGCCUCCACCGACAACUGCGCCGCGAAGGCGGCGGAGCAGCAGCAGCCCGUACAGGUCGCAAAGCGGUUGGAAAAGUUCAAGACAACAAUUUUCACACAGAUGAGCAUGCUUGCCAUCAAGCAUGGAGCAAUAAACCUUGGCCAGGGCUUUCCAAAUUUUGAUGGCCCGGACUUUGUGAAAGAGGCUGCUAUUCAAGCUAUCAACGCGGGGAAGAACCAAUAUGCAAGAGGGUAUGGUGUGCCUGAACUGAACUUGGCUAUUGCUGAAAGGUUCUUGAAGGACAGUGGAUUGCAAGUCGAUCCUGAGAAAGAAGUUACUGUUACAUCUGGGUGCACAGAAGCAAUAGCUGCAACGAUAUUGGGUCUGAUCAACCCUGGUGAUGAGGUGAUAUUAUUCGCUCCAUUCUACGAUUCAUACGAGGCUACACUGUCGAUGGCCGGUGCCAAUGUAAAAGCCAUUACUCUCCGUGCUCCGGACUUUGCAGUCCCACUUGAAGAGCUAAAGGCCACGGUCUCUAAGAACACCAGAGCAAUAAUGAUAAACACACCACACAAUCCUACUGGGAAAAUGUUUACAAGGGAGGAACUUGAAUUUAUUGCUGCCCUCUGCAAGGAAAAUGAUGUUUUGCUCUUUGCUGAUGAGGUCUAUGACAAGUUGGCGUUCGAGGCUGAUCAUAUAUCAAUGGCUUCUAUUUCUGGCAUGUAUGAGAGGACUGUGACUAUGAACUCUCUGGGGAAGACGUUCUCUCUAACAGGAUGGAAGAUUGGUUGGGCAAUAGCUCCUCCACACUUGACAUGGGGCCUAAGGCAGGCACACUCAUUCCUCACAUUUGCCACCUGCACACCAAUGCAAUCAGCCGCAGCCGCAGCUCUUAGAGCACCAGAUAGCUACUAUGAGAAACUGAAGAGGGACUAUGGCGCCAAGAAAGCUAUACUGUUGGAAGGACUAAAGGCCGCCGGGUUUAUUGUUUACCCUUCAAGUGGAACAUACUUCAUAAUGGUCGAUCACACCCCGUUUGGUUUCAGCAAUGAUGUGGAGUUCUGUGAGUAUUUGAUUCGCGAAGUCGGUGUUGUCGCCAUACCACCAAGCGUUUUUUAUCUCAACCCUGAGGAAGGGAAGAACUUGGUGAGGUUCACCUUCUGCAAGGAUGAAGAUACACUGAGAGGCGCAGUUGAGAGGAUGAAGACAAAGCUCAGGAAGAAAUGAAGAGGGAAAUUUCAUGUGGCUGUUGAUUGUUGAAUAAUCUGCUCGAGUUGAACUGCAUCCUGAUGCAUGUACUUUUUCUACCAAUAGUUAUCCUGUCAGUGACUUCAUACCUGGUGUCUUUACUAUUGUCUGUGCAAGCAGAUGAUGAUGGAUCAGGAUUAGCUGCUGGUACACUUUUGUAGCCUACUGACCAACUUGCGGCCGAUAUUUGUUCAUCCUUUUCUCCCUGUCCUA